AUGCGGGUUCCUUACGUAUCCAACCCUCCUGAGACCAAGUCCGAGGAGCAUGCCGCCAUUGUAAAGCGCAUAGAAGAGCGCCGCGCCCCUCGACCUCUCCAGUCUCUGGAUCUGGCUCUUCUUCACUCCCCUCACGUUGCUGAUGGCUGGAACUCAUUCCUCGGCGCUGUUCGUACCAAGACCUCUUUAAGCGACGACAUUCGAGAGCUUGCAAUUUCACGUAUUGCUGUGUGCAACAAGGCCUGGUACGAAUGGAAACACCAUGCGCCGCUAGCUGUCAAGGGCGGUGUAUCCGAGGCUGGGCUUGAGGCUAUCAAGGGUGAGGAACUUGGUGAGCGGCCUGCUGAGCUAUCAGAGAAGCAAUGGGCUGUGCUGCUGUACACGGAUGAAAUGACGAGGAACGUUCAGGUCAAGGAUGAGACCUUUGAUCGUCUGCGGGAGUAUUUCAACGAACAAGAAAUUGUGGAAAUCACAGCCACGGUUGCAUGCUACAACUGUGUAAGCCGUUUCUUGGUGGCGCUUGACGUCGGGGAGAGAAAUGGUACGGGUCCCGAAGCUAUCUCGGGUCAUUGA